UUCAUAAAACUUUUCACUGAGGACAUCCCAAAUCUUUUACCAAACUGAGGACCUGGGCCAAGCUUUCACCAGUUUAUUGUGCGUGAACAUUGGGGGCGGGACCCACCGGACGAUCGGUUGGAUGUCCAGCUAGUUACCCCCGGCCAUCUGGUUAACUGCAUAAUUCCCAGAACCAGUAGGCAUAGCACUCUCAAAGCAUUAUUCGAUAGAUUCUCUCUUCAAACCUCUCUUUGUCUUUACCAACUUCUUUAUUUCUCUCUAAAAAGCUCUCAGUUGUACAACCUUUGCUUUUUCUCUCUGAUACUUUGUUUUGUCAUUUGAGCUAUAUAUAUAUAUAUCAACGUGAGUGCAGUCGUCGUUGAGAUUAAGGGUCAACUGCUUACCAAUGACCUCGACAAUCUGUCGGUCCAAGAACAAGUUUGCUUUCUCAUAGAUCUUGUUUGGUUCCUGAGAAAAAUUAAGGGAGAAAAUGAAAACUUUGAAUCUCUUAUGUUCUUUUCUAGUUUUCUUUAAUAAACUAGAAUUGGGUUUGAAAAAAACAAUCGAGUCGAAUACUUAGGUUAGGUUCAGUUUAGUGGAAUUUUAAGGAGAAAGAUUAGGGUUUUGAAGCUUUUCUUUCCCCUUGCUUUAAUUUAUCCAUUUUCUCAGCAAUCAAACAGAGCCUAAAGGUUAUUGUUGUUUGUUGAUGAGAUUUGUUUACGUAUGUAGUGAUUGUGAUUUUCAGUGGAAAAUGUAGAGUACAGAGGGGAAGGGUCAACAAGUGGGUUGUGAGAAUCAUCAUGGAAUUUUGCCAUUUGUUUGAAUAAGAUAGUGCUUCAAGAAACUGCUCUUGUAAAAGGUUGCGAGCAUGCCUAUUGGUUUGUCUGAAUCACUUCUCAGUAUAUCUCAUAAAAACCCAAAAGUUUCACAAUUUUUUCAUCAUCACAUUCAUCAUCAGAGGAUGAGGAAGAAGAAAAGGAUGAAAAUGAAGUGAACAAAUAAGAAGUUAAGCGAGUCAUAGGUUAAUCUGUUUAUAUCUGUUUUUUGAAGUCCAUAAUUAAUGGAGGUAAAAAGAAAUGGAAAAGAUUUAAUGGAGGAGGAAAAAAAUGGCAAAGGAAUUGAGGGAAACAGAAAUGGAAGGAAAAAAAAAUCAUUUUGCUCUUGCCAGUCAACCGGCUAGUCGUCUCUCCGAAUAUCUUGUGUUUUGAUGAAAGUUAUAGUAGUUCACCAUUACAGUGACUAAUAUCAGAUAGAGGAAUUGGCCAUAUUUUUAUUCAAAUUUGAUGAAAUUUUUGUUGAACCAUUGGAGAUGCCUUGAGAAAGAGUAAUGUAUGAUAGAAAAAAGAUUUUAAGGAGAGAGAAUAGUAGUUUAUGGGUGAAAAAACAAAUGAUCUGAUCCAUUAAUUUUUUGUUUGAAAAGAUUUACCCCAUUGAUUUAAAAUGUAUUUCUCAUACAUUUUGGAACAAAUUCAAAAACAAUUCUCCCAUUAUUAUAUAGAUUUAUCCAAUGAUUUAAAAUACCUGUUGUGCGACAUCAAAAUUAUAAAGGUGUCUUGUGGUAGUGGUUACUCUCUCUCUCCCUCCCCCCUUCAAUAUGGAAGUGACAGUGAGCUCAAUUGUUGGCUCCGUAGCUUUGGUAAGUUUGCUAACAUGCGCAUGGAGGGUGGUGAAGUGGGUGUGGUGGAGGCCAAAGCAGAUAGAGAAGAGGUUGAGAGAGCAAGGAUUCAAGGGAAAUCCGUACAAGUUGUUGUACGGAGACAUGAAAGAGAUGAUAUCGGUGAUGAAAGAAGCAAGAUCCAAACCCAUGGACGCGUCCUCAGACGAUAUUGUCCCGCACGUCAUACCAUCUUACCAUCACUGUCUCAACCUUCAUGGUAAAGAUUACUUUCAAUGGAUGGGCACAACACCAAGAGUAACCAUUGCAAAUCCUAAACAUAUAAAGGAGAUCUUGUUUAACCAUGAAGUCUUUCAAAAACCAAAGCAAAACCUAGUUUUAAGAUACCUAGUCAGAGGGCUAGGGACAUAUGAGGGUGAGAAAUGGGCUAAACACAGAAA